AAAGAAGAUAGUCUGUGACAUGAGAUUAUUUUACCGCCGAAAAUACAUAAGACAAAAAAAAAUGUGUUUAUCUUAAAAAUGUGUAAGCUGCUGCAACAAUAUAGUACAUUGUGCACCAAGGGAGAAAAGUAGGACUAUAGUAGAAAGUGGAAAUGCUUAAAAAACACCGUCAUAAGCUACCACACUUCCGUUAUGGUCUGAUUUCCAAUGCGUGCGCUGUAAGGUAUGACGUCAUACUGCGUAUAUUGCGAAGCCGUUCUUUUAUAGUUAUCUAAUACUGGUCACUUUUCCCUACCUAUUCGCUGGUAGCCUAAGACACAACUAACAGCUACGCCCGGACGGGUAGGUGAGCUCACGGGCUCAACCUAAGAAAAUUUGUUAACACUGGCCCUAGCAAGAGCAGUGCUUCGCAGAAUUUACCACGGGAUCGGAAUCGCGACCCACUGGGAUAUCCGGCGAAAAACGCAGUGGGCUCUGUCUAUGGGCUAGUUCGCUCGUGGAACUCUUCGUCGUAAUAGAAGAGUUCGACGAGGACGGUGAACGGUAUUGGUCACUGUUUAAAACGGAACGCAGUACUACUGUAACGACGUUUUUUGGCGUGGUUUUCACUUCGACAAAAAAACUAUUGUUUAAAUUCAGGUAUUUUAAAAAUUUAAUAUUCAAGUUAUUGUCACUUUAAUUAAUCUCAUAAUAAAAGUAGGUAUACUUUUAAGUAAAAGAAUAUAUUGUUUUUCAAGCAAUUAACUUACAAUAAUAUAUUAACCUAAUUAUUGAAAGUAAGAUAUGAACGUUAAAGUGAAGCCUCCAUAGUAGCUAUUGCAUGGAGGACAGAACUAAGGAAUACCAUCUUGAACGGUAGAAAAAGAUGUCCACUUGUAAGCAACAAGUUAUAGUUCGAAUACUCAACUAAAUAGCGCCAGUUUAAGAAGUGGAAAUGGUAUGAGUAUAGCAGUUUUAAGCAGUGUGAAGUGUGACUUGUAUGGUAAAAAACAUGCAGUAUUUAAAUUUUAAACUAUUUGUUUUUAUUACUAUUUACGUAGAUUACGUGUUUCUUUUCUUGUUAAUUUACCAUCCUACUCUAAUAGUUUAUAGCACUGUUUUUAAAAUGUUUCCAAUUGCUACUAUGGCGCUGUCUUAUUUGGCCGCCUUUCAGUGGAUACUUUUUAAAACAUUAUGAUAGUGCUCCUUACUUCUACCCUGCAUACUGUUAAAGUAUGGAAAGUAUUACAUUUAAAAUCACAUAAAAUGCACUAGACAAAAAAGGUUAUUUUUUAAUAUUAUUAUUUACUCUUUCGCCCUAAGUAAUAGCUAUACUUUGACACCGGCACUUAAACACUUCUUUAAAAAUGAUUAGCAUUGAAGAACCUUUGGUCUUAAAAAUUGAUAGUCUGACAUAAGGAUAUGUUUGACAUUUUUUGUCAAGUUACUUGAAGCACAAAAUAAGCACAUGUUGUGUGUGUUUGUCAAUGGGCUCUAAAGUAAAUAUUAAAAUACAGCAUAAUUUUCUUAAAAAUGAGUAAUUGUGUUGUGGUACCCUGGGUAAAUACAGAGGAAUGGCUUAAAGUGAUGAAUUUAAUAUAUUCAGAGAAUUCUGACGAAAAUGAAGCACUAAAAUGGUUGUUGUUAUGGAAAGCACGAUGUCCUUCCUUGCCGUCAGGAAUAGAAUCUACUUUAAUAUUACUGCAAGUCCAUAUUCAAGACUUGAAUAGCCCCGAUGAUAAUGGAAAUGAUCAUGUGCUUCGUUUGGCAUAUUCAUCUGCGAUUAUGCGAUUUAUAAAUCACAUGUUAGAUGUAUCCAUAACUAAGGAAAACACAUUAUCUAAAGCCGCGAAAAAUGUAGGUAUUCCAGAUUGGAUAGUGGAAUUGAGACAUGACACUGCCCAUAAUAAUAAUCUGCCUUCAUUGUCACUGCUUAGAGAUGCAACGCAAUUUGGGCUUGAUUGGCUAAAGUCAAAUUAUUGGAAAGAACAUAAACUUCUUAUAACAGACUAUAAAUCGGGGAGACAAGAAACAGAUAGCCAAGAAGAAACUAGAGUAAUGAUAUUAGUGAAUUUUUGCAUUUCAUUAAGUAUUUGCUCUAAUUCCGAAUGCAAAAUUAAAACUUUGGCUGACAUAGUGGAUGUUGAUAUGCGAGAUUCGAUCAUAAAUGAUGCAAGGGAUUUAAUUGGUGAUAACAUUGAGCUAAGCAAUCUUCGACAAGUUACUAUUUCAACAUUGAUCGAUAAAAUGAACUAUCAUGGUAAAUUUUUAUUAAAAAAUAAAAAUGCGCGAAAAUAUGUCAACAAAGCUUUGCUUGGUGAUGAGUCUUUGAUCUUGUCACUAGAUACAUUUAACUAUUUUGGUACACAGCCACAGAAACGUCAUCUAAAAUUGAAAAAAAAGUAUAUCCAGUGUUUUGAAGUACUAAUCAGGUUCCUACAUUUAAAUGAUUUGCUUCUUGAAUUUAUAAUGGGACUUAUUAAAAUAAGUCAGGAGAGUAAUGAGCAACGGGCUAAUUUAGCGGCUUUGUGGAUCUCUGAAAUUUUCAGUGCCUUCAGAAAAAGAAAUCAUAUCUUGAAUAAAAUGGAAAAAAAUAAGUAUCAAGGGCACAGGACGCAUGAGGAACUGAAAGCCUUAUACCGCCACUGGUUUCCAAAUUAUAAAAGUGGAAUAGUGUUUGAUUUGAAUAAACCAAUCCCAAUGGAAUUGCAAAAUAUUCACUUCAUUCAGCCUAUAAUUUCGACUUAUAAUCCAUUUCUGAAUUACUUUGUAAAGGAAAUCUUACAUUUAGUAGAACCACCAUUGCCAGAUAUUGUUACAAAUAAAAUAUGCGAGUUGGCAAAAUUAAUAUCAACACCAUUGAAAAAUUUAGUAACAGCAUCCUCCAGAAUUUACACAAUUGAUGAUAUUAAAUCAUCACAAGACACAAUAGAUUUGACUGAAAGCCUUCAAAAUGAACAAGAACUAAAUGAAUGCAAAUCUAAGGGUACAUAUCAAGGUAAUGGAAUAUGGGAAUUGGUUUCAGAUCAUUUUCAGUGGUCUGCGUGCCCUAUAGGAAAAUUACCCUGCUCAUAUGUUGAACAAAUGGAAACAUAAAUACAGAAUGAAAAUAAAUAAAUCACAGAAA